AUGCGCUGGAUGCCUAAGUCACCCUGCCUUUUGGCUGCCCCCGCCCUUCAGGCUGUGUCGCAGAAGCGCCCUAGAGCGUGGAAAGUCCCUGGUGGGUGGGACCUCGGCGUGGCUCUGCGGUGCCCUUCCACCUGGUGCAAUACCCGAGCUCCUCUGCUUUUCUUCCCCCGUGAGGGCAUGCAGCUCCCGGCCAGUGAAUUAUACUUUAAUAUACUACAGGUUGUAUGCUAUGGAUCGGAACUAUUAAAGUUUAUAAUGUCAAAAGCUUUUCUUAGGCGAAAGGUGCCUUCCACAAAGGUAACAGAUUGGGUAGACCCAUCAUUUGAUGACUUUUCAGAGAAUACAAGCAUCCCUGCUAUUACUGCCACAUCAUUCAGUGUGAAUAACCCAAGUCAUAGAAGAAAGAAUGUGCCUUCCACAUUAGAAAGUAGCUCAUUUCCAAGUCGGAAAAGAGCAACACUGUCUUCCUCAGAACAGAUAUAUGCUCUAGAAAACUCAAAGAACUACCUGUCUGAAAAUGAACCAUGGGUGGAUAAAUACAAGCCAGAAACUCAGCAUGAACUUGCCGUGCACAAAAAGAAAAUUGAAGAAGUUGAAACAUGGUUAAAAGCUGAGGUCUUAGAGAGACAAACAAAACAGUCACUCGCUCAUUUGCAGAGUCUUCAUUGGGUACGCAAACUCCUAAAUAUUUUUACAUUUGUGUGGGAUGACAGCUGCAUCCUGAAGUGCGUUGACUCCACAGCACGUUCACUGGUGUGGAGCAGUUCCUGA